GCACCAGUUUAUGAGUAAAUGUCAAUUACUUAAGUUUGAAAGAGACGUUUGAGGGCUUAAAAUUAAUAUAUUCAAAUUUUACAGUACUAACAGUUUAAUUUAACAUUGAAAUGGUGAAAGCAGAUUCACGUGGCGCAAGUGCAGCUCGAUUAGCUCGAAAUAUAGCUUGUGUAAAAUAUACCCUGUUUUGUUUUAAUAUCGUGGCUUGGCUAAUUGGAUUAGGUUUGUUCGCUUUUUCGGUAUGGAUUCGUGUUGAACCGGGUUUUGAGGAAUGGAUUUCAAUACUAAAUAUAUAUGCAUAUUAUAUUGGAGUUUAUAUUCUAAUUGGAGUAUCUGUUCUUGUAUUAAUUACGAGCUUUCUUGGAUGCUGCUCUGCCUUGAUGGAACAUGGUGUAGCUCUUAUUCUGUUUACCAUCACCCAGAUAAUUUGUUUUCUAUUGGCUAUCUGCGGAACAGCUAUCCUGUUAGAAUUUUCUACAUACGGUAGUCGUAUUCAACCAAUGAUUAGGCACACAAUGAAUCGUUUGAUUAUGACAUCCGAAUAUCAGCCAUGGAGUGGUAUGCUCAGUUUAAUUCAAGAAAGCGUUGGAUGUUGUGGAGCAGACGGCCCGAAUGACUACAUCACUCUACGUCAACCACUUCCAAUUGAAUGUCGGGACACUGUCACAGGCCAUGCUUUCAGUAAUGGCUGCGUUGAUGAAUUGACUUGGUAUUUAGAAGACAAAUCCAUAUGGGCUGCAGCGAUGGCGAUGUCACUUGCGCUAAUUCAUGUUGUAAAUGCAGUAUUAGGAAUUGUUCUGAUGCAGGCAUUAAGACGAGAAGAAAAAGUUAUGUAUCGACGUUAAAUUAUUUACACGAAUUCUAUUCAUCUAAAAUGUAUCAGCAAAAAUACAGAAAUGAAACAACCUAUUUAAGCAACAUUAAGAGUUUUGCUCAGUAUUUAUAUAGAAUUCAAUUACGUUAUAUUUUAAUUUAACGAUUGAUUUUUGUAAUGCAUAAAUGUAAUUCCAUUCAACAAUCGCAUCUCUCUUUCCUUAAACCAGAAAUUUUGUUUUAAUACUUUCUUAAAUAAUACUAAUGAUGACAAAAAAAAAGUUACUACAUUUAUGAAUACCUACCUAAUUUCUAAAUCAUUUUAUUUUAUUCACUAAUGAAAAUGUAUAGAAACAUUGACUUAAAGAAAAAAUAAAUAUUCUGAUAUGAAACAAAAUUGCAGAUCAAUAAUACCUAAAUAUUAAAAGAAUGUCUAGUUUCUCGAUAAAGAUGUAUAGUUCAAUUUCUUAAAGAUAUAAUAAAAGUAUAAACUCAUGAC